AGCUACACGCUCGAAGUAUUAGUUGCUGUGUUUUCAUUACAACAUUUUAAGAUCGAUAUACUAGUGAUGGAGGAAACCAUGUAUGGAGAGCGUUCAUACAGUCAAGCACUUUUCUUGACUGAUCUGUACUCUGGUUACACGUUUGCUCGGGCUUUGACUGAUAGUCCGGAUCUAGCCAUCAUCGUUCGUCACGUAAUGGAUAUUUUCGGAUCCUUUGGGCCACCCGAGGUCUACAGAACGUAUUCGGCAGAGUAUUCACAUAUCAUAGCAGACGUAAUGCUGGAUAUCGAAAGGUUAUUCAAAGUUCCAAUCAAAAACAUGGGUGUUGGGGGGAACUUAACUCGUGAUCUUGUACGUGCUUUGUAUCGUCGAGCUGAAAUCGAAUUAAUGGCCACCAACCGUUGGGUCGAGGCGUUACCAUUUGCGGUCAUAGAGCAAAAUCAGCGUCCAUCCAAGUUUUUCGAUCCCAGUAGAACACCAUUCGAGAUCAUGUUCGCACGUCAUGCAUGGAGAGACGAGACCUGUCCACCAUGGGUCAAUCCGGUUCCUUUCGGUAAUGCAUGUAUUUGUACUAUAUGA